ACUAUAUCCGAAAUAAUAAUAAUAAAAUAUAUUGUCUAACACAAAGUAGAAAUAUUAAAUGUUUUUUGACGUGACAAUUUUCUCACAGGAUCGAUGUCGCUGCUCUCCACAAAAGCGUACUCACUGGUGAGGUCAUAGCUGUCGCGCGCUCUCAUUGGAGGAUGAGAAUCAGACUGAUGAUCAGACACUUUGCACGCACAUCUCAUGGUUUCAUUUAAGGCUCUCUCGUGCUGAAGAUCGUCUUUACUUUCGCCACCGGAUCGUUCGACUUUUUCCUGCUCUUCACGUUUCAGUGGUUGAAGGAAGAAAUCCUCUCGAUGGCGCGUCAUAUCCGCCAGUUUUCCCGAAGAUGGUUCAUCUCAGUGUUUCUUUUUCUUUCUGCCAUUAUGAGCACGGUUUUAACCGUCACUCAUUAUUCUGUGCCGGAAGAAAUGGAGGAAGGCGCCACCGUGGCUAAUUUAGCGUCUGAUUUGGGGUUAGAUGUGAAGACCCUGACAAAAAGAAAAAUGCGCAUCGACGCUGUCGCCACUAAAAAAUAUCUCGACAUCAACAAAGACACCGGAGAGCUGUAUAUCGUGGAGAGGAUCGAUCGAGAGUUUUUGUGUCCACUGAAAACAACAAUCUACUGUUUCCUUAAAUUAGACGCAACGAUUGAAAAUCCAGAACGCAUGUUUAAUAUCGAGGUGGAAAUCACAGACAUUAAUGACAACGCUCCUCAUUUUCGGCGGGGGACGAUGCAUUUGGAUAUUUCUGAAUCGAGUUCCGUUGGUGAGAAAUUCUCACUCAACAACGCUGUCGACCCAGAUGUCGGAACGAAUUCUGUGAAGGGAUACCACCUGAGCUCAAGUGAACAUUUUGCCCUGAAAAUUCAGACGGGGAGAGAUGGAUCAAAGUUUGCUGAUUUGAUUCUGAUCAAAGCUUUGGACAGAGAGCAGCAGGCGGUUCAUAAUCUCACACUGACGGCUGUGGACGGAGGAGACCCCGUGCGCAGCGGCACAGCCAGCAUCAUUGUUCGUGUGCUCGAUGUGAACGACAACGCCCCUGUUUUCCAAAAAGACAAAUACGUCGUGGAUGUGAUGGAAAACUUCCCGAUUGGCAGUCUGGUAAUUAAACUUAACGCCACUGAUUUGGAUGAAGGAUCCAAUGCUGAUAUUGUUUAUUCAUAUAGUUUGUACACAUCAGAGAGAACGCAAAAAAUAUUUGAGUUAAAUCCAGAAAAUGGUGAAAUCAGAGUGAAAGAGAUGAUAAAUUAUGAAGAUUUUAAAUUUUAUGAAAUGGAGGUUAUUGCCAGCGAUAAAGGCCCAAACUCUUUAUCUGGACAGUGCAAAGUGACAAUAAAUAUGACAGACAUGAAUGACAAUCACCCAGAAAUUUCAAUUAAAUCAUUUCAAAGUCCGGUCAAAGAGAAUCAAGUUGUAGACACAGUGAUAGCUGUAGUUAGCGUCAAUGACAAAGACUCAGGUGAUAACGGAGUGGUUGAUCUUCAUAUUCCUGAUAACAUGCCUUUCAAACUGAGAGAAUCCUCUGAUAAUUAUUAUGAAUUAAUCAUCUCAGAGCCUUUAGACCGUGAGAAGGUUCCAGAAUAUGACAUCACUUUCACUGUAACAGACAGAGGUUCUCCUCCUUUAUCUGACAAUGAAACUAUGACUUUAGAACUGCUGGAUGUUAAUGACAAUGUUCCUCAGUUCCCUCAGUCAUUUUACACCAUACGUGUGAUGGAGAAUAACGCACCUGGAGCUUUGCUCAGUUCCCUCACUGCGUUUGACCCUGACCUCCAUGAAAACCAGUAUCUAGUUUAUUUCAUCGUAGAGAAGGAGAUAGCCAACACCUCCAUGUCCAUGCUGUUCUCCAUCAAUCCAGAGAACGGUAAUCUUUACGCACUCAAAACUUUUGACUAUGAGAUUGAGAAGGAGUUUCUUUUCCACAUUGAGGCCAGAGACUCUGGCUCUCCUCCACUCAGCAGUAAUGUGACCGUCCACAUCAUUAUUGUGGACCAGAACGACAACACUCCAGUUAUUGUCUCUCCGUGGAGACCACACGGCUCAGUGGUGGAGGAGAAGAUCCCCAGAUCUACUGAUAAAGGCUCUCUGGUUGCCAAGGUGAUCGCAAUAGACACAGACUCAGUGCACAACUCUCGGAUUACCUACCAGUUUCUCCAGGUGACUGAUGCCACCUUGUUCAGUCUGGACCAAUACAAUGGAGAGAUCAGGACCAUGAGGAUGUUCAGUUACAGAGAUCCACGUCACCAGAGAAUGGUUGUUGUUGCCAAGGACAAUGGGGAUCCUGCUCUCUCUGCUACAGUCACCAUCAAGCUGUCCACAGUGGAGACUGCUGUUAAGGCCUACUCUGACAUGACUGAGGAGCGUCUAGAAUAUGACAUCUUUUCAGACUUAAAUCUGUAUUUGGUCAUCGGUCUGGGCUCGGUGUCAUUUCUCCUGCUCAUCACCAUAUUGGUCACCAUUGUGCUGAAGUGUCAGAAAACCACACUCAGCAAAGCGGCUCCACCCUGCAGGAACAGUGUGAUCAGUGAGAGGAACUCCACCAUCGCAGAUUCCACUCUGGUGUCCAACGAUGCCUACUGGUACAGUCUGUUUCUAGCAGAGACCAGGAAAGGAAAGCUGGUGGUUAGACAGCCUCUGCCAAAAGGAUCCAGAUACAUCGUGUCCAGUAUACCAAGAAGCACAGGACUGACAGAGACUAGUGACUCUGCUGCCUCCACUCUGCAGGCAUCAACAACCAGCAGCAGCAGCUCCAAAUAAGACCACAUCUCCAGUGGCAUUUUGGACUGAAGCUAAUAGGAAGCCUUCACAAAAGAAAGGAGAAACCCCAAUCAAUUAUGGUCAAUGCCCGCUGUUACCCAACCCCAACCUCCCACACCCACCCUUUUAUCAAAGCACAUGAAAAAAACAAUCAGCAAAGCCUCUGUGUCCGUUCAGUGUGCAUGAUCAGUCUGCACACUCCAACCAUCGCUUCAGACACUCCUAUAAAAAAAAGAUUGUACAUAAAACUACACCAUUUGAUAUUCAAGAAGACACAACAUGAACUGUUUGAGUGGAUGCAGACUGGGUUAUCAUGGUGAUAACAGACUAUUUGCCCUCUGCAACCAAGAAACAAAUAUUGGGUGUUAACAUUUUUAUCUUCUGUCUUGCACUGUUUGUUUUCAUCACUUAACCAAGAAAUGAAACAUCCAAUAGCACAAUUAAUAUCAAAA